GUGCAACUGUGAUUCCAAGUCAGUGUCUGCCAGAGCGCAGUGGUGAUAGCGCGCGCUCCUGUCGAGCUCUCACACUGGAAGGAAUACCCCACACGUGAAACAUCAAGAUGUCACGGAGACUGACGAAACGCUACUUGUUACCCGCCGACGAGUACCAGUGCAAGCUGUCGGCCGAGACGCAGGCCAUCGCGGCGGAGCAGCUGCGGGAAACCGAGAGCUCCCGCUCGCAAGCGCUCGCCUCGCUGCGGAGCUGGAUCGAGCAGAAUCCCAAGUUCAUGGCCAUCCGGCUCGAUGCAAACUAUCUUCUCCGUUUUCUACGCACGAAAAAGUUCAGCGUACCCAUGGCCCAGGAGGCCAUCGAGCGGUACAUUCUGCUGCGUCAGUCUUGGGGUAUUGCCUUCAACCAGCUCGACUACAAACUGCCCGUCAUGAUGGAACUUAUAGACUUGGGGUACAUUUUUGUGAGCCCUUUCAAAGAUAAGAGUGGUCGUCGUGUUAUCAUAUACAGGCCUGGUGUAUUCGAUCCUUAUAAGUACACAAACCAGGACAUGUGUCGAGUGAUGGCGAUUUGCUACGAGACCCUAAUGGAGGAUGAGGAGGUGCAGGUGCGCGGGCUGGUGCACUACGCGGACGGCGGCGGAGUCAGCUUCCCACACCUCACCCUCUUCACGCCCAAAGAAGCAGUUAGAAUUGUCAAGAAUGGAGAGAGAACUAUCCCGAUGCGACACAAGGAGAUCUAUGGAGUCAAUGUACAAUCAACAAUCAAAUUCGCACUGGACUUUGGAAUGGGAUUAAUAUCUGAUAAAAUAAGAAAGCGAGUAAAGUUGUAUACAUCACCCGAAGAAGUAGAAAUCGAUAAGAAGCUGCUACCACAGGAGUACGGUGGAGAAAUGCCUAUGAAGCAGAUGAUAGAAUUAUGGAAGGAGGAGCUAGCAAAGCAACGCGACACAUUAUUGAUGAACGACAAAAUGGCGGUUCGGCUCGAGUUGUAUAGCGAAGCGGCGCGCGAGGGCGCCAUCUCCGCGCUGCGCGCCGGCGCCAGCACCUGCGCCGGCGCGGACGCCGUCGGCGACGCCAUGCGCGGCCUCACCGGCAACUUCAGGAAACUCGAGGUCGACUGACAACACUACCUCAUCCUACCUUACUGAUACUUCAGACUGAACUUAGUGAAUCUUGAACAAUCUCGUUGUUUAGUUUUGUACAAAACUGAAACUAAAUGAGUACAAUUUGUAAGCAUGUUCUUUUUCUACGAAAACUAUUGAAUUUAUUGUUAAAGGCAGUUUUACUGUAUUUUGAUUGUUAGUAUUAUUACCAAAAUAGUUGAUUUAAUUAGUUGUUAUGUUUUGCCUAUUAGGUACGUUUAUU